AUGGCUCUGGCUGGAGCUGCUGCUCUUCAAGAAGCAGAGAAAGACAAGGAGACAGAGGCAAUAAUUCAAGAAGAGGAGCAUCGUAUUGACAAGAGGUCAACAUCUUGUCCCGACCAAUGGACUAAGUACAACGGCCGCUGUUUCCUCUACAUUCCUCGAACCUUGACCUGGGCUCAAGCUGAGAAAAACUGCCUGUCCAUGGGUGCACACCUUGCAUCGAUUCAUGGAACUCGGGAUUACCACGAGAUUAGGAGGAUGAUAUUAGAUAGAACUCAUAAGUCUCCUGAGACAUGGAUUGGAGGCUCUGACGGCCAAGAGGAGGGUGUUUGGUUCUGGAGUGAUGGCACACCUUUCUUCUACUCAUACUGGUGCAGAGGAGAGCCUAAUAACUACGGGAACGAGGACUGUAUUCUGAUGAACUACGGAGGUAAAAGCUGCUGGGAUGAUCUCCAGUGUAACGUCGCCCACCCAUCUGUCUGUGCCAUGACAAUCUGAUGACUCCUGAGCAGACACAGAGGCAUGAAGCACCUGUCGAAAGCACAACUAUUGGUGGAGAUGUGUAACCUGAAGGCUCUAUAUCUUAAUUUCUUUUCUAUCGCUGUGACGCUACUUAAGGAACAAAAUGACAAGUGACAUAAACAGGAGCUGGAUUGUUUCUUAGGCCUUGUGCCUUUCAUAACAGCAGACUGAAAGCUUUUAGUACAUCCUUGUUUCACAGAGUGAACUGUUCUUUAUUCUUAU